AUGCGAUCAAUGAAGUCGUAGGUGUGGGAGUGUGGUAGGAGGGGGCUACUGAAUCAUUUAGAGAAAUAAUAAAUAAACCAUGGUUAACCCGAGAUUAUAACCCGAAUUAAUCUUUCAAGGACAGAAAUGAACGGGAUUAAUGAAGCCAUGGAGGUGGAGAAACAAAACACGAUUGACAGCACUUCCUCCACCCCUGAUGUGUCUCCUUCAGAAAAUCACCACUCCUCCACCCUCGGCACCGUUAUCCCCAACCGUAUUUUUGUUGGGGGAAUUGACUACAAGGUUAAUGUGAGCGAACUGCGGCAUAUUUUCUCGCAACAUGGGGCUGUUAAAGAGGUGAAGAUUGUUAUUGAUCGGUUAGGAAUGUCAAAGGGCUACGGAUUUGUUACGUUUGAAAGCCAAGAAGAUGCUCUGAAAAUCCUUAAUAAUGCGAGUGACAUCUGUUUCAAAGACAAGAAGCUCAGCAUUGGCCAAGCUGUCCAGAAGCAUCAAAUUUCCCGACAAACUAAGAGUCCCCCCAAGUUGAGCCCUGAAGCUGCCACUCCUCAGCAGAUAUCCUGUGGGACCUCAUCUGUAGGUUAUCCACACACCUACCACAAUGGAGUCGCCUACGUCUACAGCCCCAACGCGAACCCUCCUGCCUUCCACUGGCCUCCUGAACCUCCGCAGAUGCGCACUCAGCCUCAUCAGCCUUUCCACCAGCAACCAGCGUAUCACCACUACCAGUGUGUCCCAAACCAGCCUCACUGGAGUCCCGUCCAGCAGCCGAUGCCCUCCAGUUCAGCCGUGUACUCCCAGCAGUCAGGACGUCUUUACCAUCCUCCCGAUGGAGGCUCUUUCCAGGCUCCUGUACCCAUCAUGGGGGACACCACAACAGAGUUUUUAGAGCCGACGGUGCAGCAUUAUUACCCGAUAUAUCCUCAGAGAGCGGAAGGAAUGACGCCCAUUAUUCUGCAGCAUGACCCUGGAAAGAGUGUGAUGUUUCCGUCCUCGCGCGUCCACCUGAAGUCGAAGUACCAGCGCUUCAUGCGCCACAGGGACUACACCUGUCUGCCAGACGCAAGAGAGCAGCCGGACGCCUCCACGUCCUACACCUCACAACCUCCCAUGUAGGCAAAAAACACAGACACCUCCUCAAGGAAACAUGUCGUUCCUCUCGCUGCCCUUUCUCCGCGGGCUUACGCGUAGUCUAUCAGCUGUUAAACCCGUGGCUCGUAUCGUGAUGCAGGUAAGCUCUCGCCUCGCAGGCUUCUCAGGCCUCACCGUCCAGUGGCUCGUAUUUCAUACUGCACGUUAGGUUGACAGUAUUUGCUCUUAGUUUUUCUACAUUAAACACAACAAAAUGAAGCAAUGCUAAAUACUUACAAGUAAAUCUGUAGCGUGGUAACACUAUAUAUUUCAGAGGUGUUGAAUUCCCAGAGCUUCAGCCAAUAAGUUCUUAAAAAAAAAAAUUAUAAUAAUAUCAGGUUAUCCAUCAAACAAAAAGCAAAACGUGACCAUCAUCACCAUAAUAUGUUACAGCUGAGAUUAUCAAAGCAUUUUUUUUUUUUUUUUGUAUUUCAUACCAUGUCAGCUUUCUCCUGUACGUGACAAGACAAAGGAGCAACACUGCAGGCGCUCCGUAGAUCACAUUUAUCGGAUUUAGCUCCAGUUCCUGUGCUUCGUCAAUGUUGGAACCUGUCCUCUGAUCCGCCACGAUUGGUUCUCACCCACUUUAUUUCAGAGCCAAACAUUUGCUUUUGCAGUUUCAUCAUCAAUUAUUUCAAAAACCUACUUGCUGGGAAUAAUUUCCGCUAAAUUUUGUGUAUAAAAAUUAGCCGCUAGUUGAGUGUUCUCAUGUUACGGAGUUUUUAUGUUCUGCAGUUCAAGUGGCAUUUAACAAAUCGCCAACAAGCCUGCUUUAAAAUGUCUUUUAAAAAGCUUUAUUUAUCUACUUGUAGCAUUUUUUGGCAUGAUGUCAGUGUAACGGGUUUAAUUCUCUUGUUGAAUGUGGUCAGUUUGAAUCAUUUUCAAGGUAAAAUGUUCUUAAAAGUUUACUAGAAUUGAAACGGUCAGUGUGCUUUCCUUACAUUACUACUGGUCUUAUUGUAUUUUCAAACUGCCCAGUCUGAAAUAUUCUGGUGCUUUGUUUACAGUUUUGUUUUUUGAUAUAUUUGCAGUGCUUACUCUCUACUUGCUCUGUAAUAUUGCAUGUAACAGUGCAGUACUUUUCCAUUUUCCUCGGUUCCUCAGUUGAAAUAAAUGUUUUGCAGCCGUGCUGCUUCUGUUUAA